AUGUUUAAUUCAUUUGUACAUAGGUCCUUUAAACCUAACACUUCAAGGUUAUUGUUGAAUAAAGUUACUUCCAGUGUUAAACAUAGUAAUAUUAAUUGUUGUAAUAAUACUAUCUUAUUGUCACAAAAGGCUUCCCCAAUAACCAACACUGGUUUAAUUUUAAAUACUUUUUUAGCUAGAACAUUUAAAGUAAGGACUUCUGUUAAGAAGUUCUGUAGUGAUUGCUAUAUUGUUAGAAGGAAGGGUAGAGUUUAUGUUUACUGUAAAUCUAAUAAGAAACAUAAGCAACGUCAAGGUUAG